CGAAGGAAAUAAGAAUCACAAGUACUGAUGAACAAUCUGGAAGAGUACAAACCCGAUCACGACCCACAACAUCAACAAGAACAAGAGAUGGCAGCCUCGUCGGCGGCGAUGGACGGAAUAGCAGCAUCGUCUCUCCGUUCAGUUUUCCAGAGAGUCCACCAGGCCGCUGAGCGAUGUGGUCGUGAAUCGCAGCGGAUCCGCGUCGUUGCCGUCAGUAAAACGAAACCCGUCUCCCUCGUUCGCCAAGUUUACGACGCCGGUCAUCGAUGUUUCGGCGAAAACUAUGUCCAAGAACUUGUCGAGAAAGCCCCUCAGCUUCCGGAUGACAUAGAGUGGCAUUUUAUUGGGAAUUUGCAGAGCAAUAAAGUGAAGCCGUUGAUUGCUGGUGUGCCAAACCUCGCCAUGGUGGAAACUGUAGAUGAUGAGAAGAUUGCAAAUCAUCUUAAUCGUGCAGUUGGAAACUUUGAAAGAAAGCCUUUGAAAGUCUUAGUCCAGGUGAACACCAGUGGAGAGGAAUCAAAAUCUGGUGUUGAGCCUUCAGGUUGUUUGGAACUUGCAAAACAUAUUAGUCUGAAUUGCCCGAAUCUUCUAUUUUGUGGAUUGAUGACAAUCGGGAUGCCUGAUUAUACAUCAACACCGGAGAAUUUUAAGACAUUAGCAAAUUGCCGAAGUGAAGUCUGCAAGGCUCUUGGAAUACCAGAAGAACAAUGUGAACUGUCAAUGGGAAUGUCUGGCGACUUUGAGCUAGCUAUUGAAAUGGGCAGUGCCAAUGUCAGAGUUGGUUCAACCAUCUUUGGGGCAAGGGAAUAUCCGAAGAAGAAAUGAAACGCUUCAUUGUUAAACAAAUCGAGUUGUUAUUUUGUUAUGCCGGGUUGAUGUGGUUCGAUCCGGGAGAAAGAAUACACUGACUGAUAUUAGAAUCCAUUGAACUUUUUUAUUCCAUCUAAAUAAUGGUAAUAAAAUUGUAAUUGUUUGAUCCAAAA